UCCGCGAGAACAGCUUUUCUUAGGUGUUUCUCCCCGUCUUUCACUCGUUUCUACAACAAACCUGACUGCCUUUUCUGUUCGGGGCCAGGAGAGGGGCCUCGGAGGAGUCAGACAAGCCCGUUCUGGAGGUGCUCACAGCCGGUGCGAGUGACUCGCGCCUUCGGCAAAGACUCGCCUUCUGUGCGGAAGGGUAGAGGGACGCAGCGGGAACUUUGGGAGCUUGGAAGAGUGGAUCUGAGCCAGUCGGGGAGGGAGGCGUUGGACGCAGAGGAGAGAGCCUGCAGCAUAAGAGACAAAGUGGAGGCGAGAGACGGUCCGGUCUGACGGAAGUAGCAGUUUCUGGUGCAUGAAUUAAGAAGCAGAGUUGAGGGCCGGGGACCAGUUACAAGGGGCUUUGAUCCCCAACGUUUAAGUAAGAGGAGCUCCUGAAGGACCGAGAGGAUGAGCCUCCAAAGAGGUGAAGGAGAUCCAGGAGAGCUGAUAACCUAAGGAACAGAGUUGUAAGAGGAAGGGAGUGAACAGAUGCAACAAUGAAAAUGGGGACCCAAAAAGUGCCCACUGGAUUGGAUGCGAGGGGAAACCGGCUCUGGGAAGACAACGCAGAUCCCUCAGUACCUGUAUGAAGGGGGGAUUGGCCGCCAGGCCAUCAUUGCCGUGACCCAGCCUCGUCGAGUGGCUGCUAUCUCUCUGGCUACCAGAGUCUCAGACGAGAAGAGAACCGAACUCGGGAAGCUGGUUGGCUACACGGUGCGCUUCGACGAUGUCACCUCGGAGGACACCAAGAUCAAGUUCCUGACGGAUGGCAUGCUUCUGCGCGAGGCCAUUUCAGACUCCCUGCUUCGGAAGUACAGCUGCGUCAUUUUGGAUGAAGCCCAUGAACGGACUAUCCACACGGAUGUGCUCUUUGGGGUGGUGAAAGCUGCCCAGAAGAGGCGAAAGGAGCUGGGGAAGCUGCCUCUCAAAGUGAUUGUGAUGUCGGCCACGAUGGACGUGGACCUGUUCUCCCAGUAUUUCAGCGGAGCCCCCGUCCUCUACCUGGAGGGCCGGCAGCACCCGAUCCAGAUUUUCUACACCAAGCAGCCCCAGCACGAUUACCUGCACGCGGCCCUGGUCUCUGUCUUCCAGAUCCACCAGGAAGCCCCCUCCUCUCAGGACAUCCUGGUGUUCCUCACUGGGCAGGAGGAGAUCGAAGCCAUGAGCAAGACCUGCCGGGACAUUGCCAAACACCUCCCCGACGGCUGCCCCUCCAUGCUGGUCCUUCCUCUCUAUGCCUCCCUGCCCUACGCCCAGCAGCUGCGCGUCUUCCAGGGGGCCCCGAAGGGCUGUCGCAAAGUGAUCCUUUCAACCAACAUCGCUGAAACCUCCAUAACCAUUACAGGAAUAAAAUAUGUAGUUGACACGGGCAUGGUUAAAGCAAAGAAGUAUAAUCCCGACAGUGGCCUGGAGGUGUUAGCUGUGCAGCGGGUGUCAAAGACUCAGGCCUGGCAACGCACAGGACGGGCUGGCAGAGAGGACAGUGGUAUCUGUUACCGGCUCUACACGGAGGAUGAGUUUGAGAAGUUUGAGAAGAUGACGGUGCCAGAGAUCCAAAGGUGUAACCUGGCGAGCGUGAUGCUGCAGCUCCUCGCAAUGAAAGUCCCAAACGUGCUCACCUUUGACUUCAUGUCCAAACCAUCUCCAGAUCACGUUCAGGCAGCCAUCGCCCAGCUGGAGCUGUUGGGUGCCCUUGAAAACAAGGACGGCCAGCUUACCCUGACUCCAAUAGGAAGAAAGAUGGCGGCUUUCCCGUUAGAACCCAAAUUUGCCAAAACCAUCCUCCUGUCCCCCAAAUUCCACUGCACGGAGGAGAUACUGACCAUCAUCUCCCUGCUGUCAGUGGACAGCGUUCUCUACAACCCCCCCUCCCGGCGGGAUGAAGUGCAGGCUGUGCGGAAGAAGUUCAUAUCCAGCGAGGGCGAUCACAUCACCCUGCUUAACAUCUACCGGGCCUUCAAGAACACAGGCGGAAACAAGGAUUGGUGCAAAGAGAAUUUUGUCCACAGCAAGAAUAUGAUGCUGGUAGCUGAAGUCAGAUCACAGCUGAGGGAUAUCUGCCUAAAGAUGUCCAUGCCGAUCCUGUCGUCGCGAGGGGACACAGAGAGCGUCCGCCGCUGCCUGGCGCACAGCCUCUUCAUGAGCACCGCCGAGCUGCAGCCCGACGGGUCCUAUGCCACCACGGACACCCACCAGCCCGUGGCCAUCCACCCCUCGUCCGUCCUCUUCCACUGCAAGCCGGCCUGCGUCGUAUACACGGAGCUGCUCUUCACCAACAAGUGCUACAUGCGCGACCUGUGCGUGGUGGACGCCGAGUGGCUGUACGAGGCUGCCCCCGACUUCUUCAGGAGGAAGCUGAGGGCCUCCAGGAACUGAGCCGCCCGGGGCGGGAGCUGGGCUGCAGCUGGCCUCGCCGCGGACUCUCAGGCUGGCACCCAGAGAGGCCGCGGUCGUAUCGGGCGGAUUAUGCCCGGCCUCUGGGAGCUUGAAAGCAUCUUUGUCUAAACUCCUCAAACUGAACCACACAGACAUGCAGCGACCUUGGAGACUUCAAAAUGAUGCUUUCAGUUCUUGCUGGGCGACUUUGGGUGACUUAGUUAACUUCUGAGCCUCAGUUUCCCUAUCUGCCAAGUGGGGGUGAUAAUAAUAAUACUUACAGGGUUGGGGUCAUGAGGUUUAGAGCAAAUGAAAGGAAAGUACCCAGAGCUGUGCCUGCCCACGGUAAACACGCCGUGGAUCGUGAGCCGUGGAGCUUGGUUGCUGUUACUGCUUUUCUACAUGAUGUGAAGCAGGUACAACAAACCCCGCUGAGUUCCCAAGAGUGAGGGGGAUCAUCUGGAAAGGGGACCACCAGAUGUCACAGAGCUGUUGACCUGGGAUCUGUUUUAACUUCUAUCUGCAUAUGGACUUUUAUAACAGAAAACGCAAGAGAUUAACUUCUGUUUCAGGAGGGAGGUGCUUUGGGGCCAUAAACACUUGAGCCUAAGGUGCGUCUCUGAGCUGAGCUUACGGCAUUUCUCCUCUGGCCCUGCGGUGGGCGGAGGUGAGAACACAGGCAGCUUUGGCUCAUCCAUCACCUCAUCUAGUGUUUAUGUUCUUUUAUCUUAUUUAUUUCCUACGGUCAUUUUUUCCUUCUUAGGGACCUGGGGACAGCCUGGCUUUGCCACUCGCCCCUCUCUAGCCCUCAUUUUCCAUAUUUGUCAGAGGGGAUUAGAGGGUCUCCACAGUCUCUUCCUGUUUUCAUAUUUUGAGGAGGGAAAAGACACCAAAAGUCCUUCUUAGCUAUUUAAUUAUCAAAAGCAAAUAAUCUUUCCCCAGAGAAUGCUAUGCCCUAGAAGAUGCCAAGAUUUAGCCCUUUUAUUGUGCUUAAUUGGUCAGAACACACAUGUGCAGUGUUUUGGUUAUUCCUUUACUUAAUAGAGGCCUAGGAUGUUUAGGGUUCAAAAGGUAUUGGUAAAAGAAAAUACAAUUUUUAAUAAAAUGUUCAAAAGGUAUUGGUAAAAGAAAAUAUUGUAUUUUUAAUAAAACGUUCAUCCUGCUGGUAAAAAAUUAGGAGUGGGGUAAUUUACUAUGUUCCUCAGCAAAUUAUAUAGAGGUAUUCUCUGGGGCAAGUAAAAUUUAGCUUUUAAUCAUUUAUGUCCAGCUCAAGUACCUGAACCGUUUCAGGAAAUGUAUAUUUUUUCUGGCAGCAAUUAAGGGGUAAAUAGCGUCUAUGUUUCUGUACAGAAAUAUGUUUGUCACUAACAUUCUGGUAGAGUUUUCAUACAGUAGUUUUUUAUUGGGCUUUUUAAAAAGUUAACUUUUAACAUAGCUGCUCAGGGAUUAAAUCAGAUUGGAAAAGCCGGUCUGACUCUCCGUAUUACUACAAAGAAAUCCGUGGUUGUUUACAUUGAGCUGCAGGGGAUAGAUAAGUACACUUUAAACUUUCUUAAGAAAGUUAAAUGUUUCACAGUGAUGUUGCAAUCUAACCUUGAGCUUCUCUUUUCAAUCCUACAAUCUCCAGUGGUGUGCCACCUUUUUUCCAACCUGUGAAAUCCAUAUCUAGGUGAAUCACUAGCUCCCUUGAGCAGCUUCAUGUAAAUAGAUGCACUCCAAGCAGAUCCCAUGCCUCAGAUGUUUGUCUUCUGCUUCUAGUAAUCAUGGAGUGUGAAACCCCCAGAGCAGCAUAGAUCUAAGAACUGCCAACACCCAGUUCUUGGUAAAAACCUUUGGUAAAGAGAUGCCAGAAUGGAGACAGGUUUUUGCUCUGUGGAUAAGACAGGUUAUGUACUGUGAUGCAUAAAUCCAUUUAAUCCAGCUGUGAAGAAAUGCUUAGAACUGUGGCCAGGCAUCUAAGAUACCAUUCCUUGUGCAUAGAAGGAAACACUGCACCUGUGGGGAAGCAAGAAUUUUAUUAUAUUUUAUUUGAUCAGAAUAUUAUAACUUGCAGCAAAAAAAAAUCUAGUUGGUUCAGGUUUAUGUUGUAUUUUGAGAGUCUGUUCUUGUUCAAACAGAGAUAGCUCUAAAGAAGCACUGGCUCUUGCAUAUAAUGCUCAGAUUUGCACAUGACUAUCAAGUCCAUUAAAAGUGA